AUGGCAGAAUCAUUUCCGUCAACGAUUGCAGCUAACAUUUUGACAGAGAUAGACUUCCUUACUUCCUCAGACAAUGGCUUGUCAUCAAGGAUUCUAAAAGAAAUAAUGAAGGCCAAAGAAAUCUUGUUCAAGGGGAAAGCUAUACUCAUGAAGGCAGAGGUAGGCAAACUCAAUAUCGUCGAAUAUUAUCUUAAAAUCAAGGUGACUAGAAAAAGAUUAGAUGAAAAGAUGGAUAAUAUUCAGUCUAUAUCUAUAGCUGUUAAAGAUCCAGACACUAAGCUUGUUUUUUCAGGAGAGAAUGUAAUGAACCAUCCCUUUGUCGGUACUCCUCAAGUUUUUGGACGAGACACUGAUGAGGAAAACAUUAUAAAAUUGUUGAUGAAACCAAACAAAGAAGCUGAAAGGGUGUCUGUAAUUCCUAUAGUUGGAUUCGGAGGUAUUGGAAAAACAACUCUUGCCAAACUAGUGUAUGAUGACAAAAGGAUAGAUGAGCACUUCUAG